GGGAUUUGAUCGUGGAGGCAUGAGCAGAGGUGGGCGGGGAGGAGGACGCGGUGGAAUGGGGACCCAUGGAUGAAGGACCAGAUCUUGAUCUAGGCCUUCCUAUAGAUCCCGAUGAAGACUCUGACAACAGUGCAAUUUAUGUGCAAGGAUUAAAUGACAGUGUGACCCUGGAUGAUCUGGCAGACUUCUUUAAGCAGUGUGGGGUUGUCAAGAUGAACAAGAGAACUGGACAACCCAUGAUCCACAUCUACCUGGAUAAGGAGACAGGAAAACCUAAAGGUGAUGCCACAGUGUCCUAUGAAGAUCCACCAACCGCCAAGGCUGCCGUCGAAUGGUUUGAUGGGAAAGAUUUUCAAGGAAGCAAACUUAAAGUUUCUCUUGCCCGAAAGAAGCCUCCAAUGAACAGCAUGCGGGGUGGCAUGCCACCUCGUGAGGGCAGAGGGAUGCCCCCACCACUUCGUGGAGGUCCUGGUGGCCCAGGAGGUCCUGGAGGACCCAUGGGUCGCAUGGGAGGUCGUGGAGGAGACAGAGGAGGCUUCCCUCCAAGAGGGCCCCGAGGCUCCAGAGGGAACCCUUCUGGAGGAGGAAAUGUCCAGCACCGAGCUGGAGACUGGCAGUGUCCCAAUCCGGGCUGUGGAAACCAGAACUUCGCUUGGAGAACAGAAUGCAACCAGUGUAAGGCCCCUAAGCCCGAGGGCUUCCUCCCACCUUCCGAUCCCCGAGCCUCAGCGUCCUUGUACAUCAAGCUACUAUCCCUGGGCCGUCCUGCAGGAAGAGCACCCAGUUAUCUGGCUCGCAGAUGUCCACCCGGGACGGAGGUGACUCUGCAGUCCCCGGCCCCUAUCGCUUCCGGGAAGGCCACUGGCACGGAGGAAGGACAGCUGAAAGGGUCUGAAGCCCUCCUAGGAAGACCCAGACGCGGAGUCACAGGGGGGCGGGGCGGAGCGGACGCCUGGAAGCUGCGAUCUCGGGCGGCGCCUGUGUGCGGCGGCGCGGCCCGGCUCCGGCCCCGCCGGGGCGAUGCUCCCCGGGGCGGCGGGGUGAGCCAGGUGAGCGCGGGGACCCCCAGGGCCCCUAGGCAGAGUGCCCGGAGGCCUCGAGCACUGCGGAGGCUCACUGGGGCCGUUCGGAGUGCCGGCCUUUCAGGCACUAGCUCUGGAGGCUUUCUGCAGCAGGGGAUCCUGCCUGGCUGGGCGACCCGAUUCCUCCACCCACUGCUCUGCGACCUUCAGCGAGUGCCUGCCCUUACUGCGCCUCAGUUUCCUCAUCUGUAG